AUGUCGAACAUUACACCCACGUUCGACGGGCUGCUCAAACAGCGGGAAGCGUCUACCACAAAGAAGGGCUUCAGCUUGGAACAGCUUGACGAGUUUCUGAAGGAAGCAUAUCGAAUUAACUCGCACAUCAAUCUGCUGCACACUCAACUUAAAGAUGUCCGCCAAGCCUACCUCUCGACAGCGCCCUCUCGCAAAUUGCAACUGCACAGCAAGUUGAAGCCGCACCAAAAAGCGUUGACCGAUCGGGAGCGCGAAGAGGUCGAUGCCAACGCCAAAAAGAUGCUGCGCGAACUUAACGCAUCCAUCCGUACGCUCGCCGACGCCGAGCAGCUCCGCCACGAGACGGAACUCGCCGUAAUUCGCAAAAAGCACUCGAGCGGCCUGGGAGUGCUCGGAUCGUGGGCAUCAGGUGGUAAGAGCGGCGCGGGUGGCAUGCUGGGCAGCAAAAAAAGCAAGGAGCAGGACGAGGCUGAGGCGAGGGAGGCGCAGAUGGCCGGCCAUCGGGAUGGCGUGCUACACUUUCUCCGACAGAGACUGCAGCAGUGCGUAGAGACACAGCAGUCGAUGAUGGAGGUGCGCUUGACGCGCGAGGUGGAGAAGAGCCGGAGCGUGCUGGCAAAGGCCAGGCCUACCCCUAUGCAUGUCGGAGCCACCGGCGCUACGCCGAGCUUUGGGGCAGGCCUAGGCGAUCGCAACCUAAACGACCCUGCCCUUUUAGGAACAUCAUCUAUACCGUUGCAGGACGAGGAGAAGAGGCGAGGACCGCCACCACCAGACCUAACCGAGGAAGAAGUGCAGAUGUUUGAAAAGGGCAGCCAGGAUAUGAUGAAGUACUAUGAGAGUACUCUUGAGAAAGUCAUGUCGGCGGAGAAAUCCCUCUUGGAAAUAUCCGAACUACAAACUAUGCUUGUGAACAACCUGGCUACACAGUCCGCAGGAAUUGAGCAGCUCGUUCAAGAUUCCAUGAAUACAGAAGAAAACGUGGGCGGCGGAAACAAACAGCUGAAGGAAGCCACCCAAAGGGCAAGCACCGCAAAGUAUACCUUUUUUGCAGCAAGCGGUCUCUGCGCUUUUCUAGUAAUAUGGGACCUGUUGAUAUAA